AUGUCAUGUUCUCUCUUCCAUAGGACCGUUUUUACUGUUGACCAGCCUGAGCUAAUCAUGACGUGGCCGGAUUCCGAGAUCCCACGUGUCCUCGCCGUGCCAUUAUUCUUCCCACCUGAAAAUUGUUUGUUGAAGACAAAGAGGACGGAAAUGACGAUUUUCGCCGGACUUAUACGACGGUGUAUUGGCUCAUCGGCUCCGAUUCAGCUGAAUUACGGAUGCGAACCGUCGCGGUUUCUCUUCAACCUGAGUCAGGGAAGUACUCGGUUGCUCAGUGGCGAGGCUGAGUCGAAUCGGGCUGAGUUUCCGGUGGAGAACGCCUACGAUAUCUUGAGUGUCUCCGAAACCAGCUCAAUCGCGGAGAUCAAAGCAUCAUUUCGCAGACUCGCCAAAGAGACUCAUCCGGACCUGGUCGACUCGAAGAAGGAUUCGUCUACUUCGAUACGUUUCGUUCAGAUUCUCGCUGCUUAUGAGAUUCUUUCAGAUUCUGAAAGGAGGGCACACUAUGAUAGAUAUCUGCUAUCUCGGAGAAUGGUAACGACGAAGCGUUCUAGAGAAGGAUAUGUGCUCUACAGGUAUAAAGCACGAUUGACAUUGAGUGAGGAGAUGGAAGUGGUGGAAUGGCUAAAGUGUUACAGAGAAGCAAUACAUGAUAUAGUGAUGGAGAAGCGAGUAGCAAGCGGUGGCACAGGCUACUUAGAUGAACUGGAAGAAGAUUUUCAUUCAGCUAUCCGAGCGGCAUACUUUGGGCCUGAUGUAGAAUCUGUGGAGCUUCUUCCUGAUUGCUUUGAAGCUGAGGAAAGGUCUGUGUAUGAGACACGAGAGGUUUUGCACUUGGUUUCAGGACGAGAUCUUUUUGGCAUGGUUUGCUUGGUAGAUAACUUCCUUGAGAUUUCUUCUGAUUGCUCCAAGAAACUGGCUUUGUCGUCGUUUAUGGAUCCGGACCUGUGGCAAGCAGCUGAGAGAGGCAACUACGGCAUGACAUCUGAUGAAAUAAUUGGUCUUCAGAUGUCUCAUAUAGAAUCGUCAAGAAGUGAAAACCCUGUUUCGGAUGCAUAUAAAGAUAUUCAGCUGCAUGUAUCUGGAAGAGUUGUUGCUACAGCCAUUAGAGUUCCCCCAAAAGGGUAUCGCGAGAAGAAACAAAAUGAGGGUGAUCACGAUCAAAUACACGUUUUCCUAAAUUCAGAUGAAGGUUCUAGUCAUGGCAGUGAAUCGUCUCCUAGAAAUGAAAGUGGAGCCAGACUUCUUGUUGGAACUAUAAGUGGUCUUGGGACAAGUCCAGACGAAGGUUCAUGUGAUGUAUAUGAUGGAAAUGGUGCUAAGACUCAUGUGAUAAUGAAGCAUAGGACAUUUCUGGUGAGACAUUUGCACUGGUACAGGAUUGGGGAAAAGGUUUCUGUUUGCGAGUGUAGAUGCAGUAGAGCAAAACUACCACCAAGCAAGUUUUGGUUGUUUGAGCCACGUUGUGGUAUGCAUGAUGUUGGAGGUUGGUAUAUUGAAACUUUUGGAAAAGAUAAAAAGGGCCGGACAGUCCUCGCUCAACGAUUCUGGGAUGGAUUGGAAGAGGGCGCUACACUGGAUGGGAGACUUCACCCUGGUAUCUACUUGCUUACACUAGCUUAUCGAACACUUGAUCUUGAAGAUGAAAGGAGAAGGAAACGGUCAAUAAUGGAGAUGUUCUCUAAAGCUGUGGAUUGGUGUAAGACAUUUGUUAGGAGAAGGUCCUUUGGAACUUAA